GCGGAGCGGCCGGGCGCGGGACCCCAGGGCUGUGCGACAGGUCUCGGGCCCUCAGGCGGAGUAGAGUUAGUGGGUGACAGGUCUCGGGCCCCCCAGGCGGGGCGGCGGCGGGCGCGGCUCGACCCCAGGUGGAGCGGCGGGCGCUGGACCCACCAGGCGGAGCGACAGGUCUCGGGCCCCCAGGCGGAGCAGGGGCCACCGAGUCUCAGGCAACGACAGGGCACCGUGUCAUCUGGCAAGGCAGUGGGC